AUGUUAGUUUCGAGAGCCAGCGUGCGCCAUAGCAGAAAGCUGAGCCGUCAUCUGGCUACCACGUUGGGCCAGAUCAAGGCUCCAGCCGGGUUCGAGUCCAGAACUCCCCCAUACGAAAAAUUAAUCGAUAAAUUAUUCAAGGUCAAACACAUUCUGAACAACCAGCCGCUCACCCUGGCAGAAAAAAUCCUGUACGCGCACCUGGUCGAGCCAGAAGAGCUUUCUGGAUCGGCUUCGUCCAGGGACAUCCGUGGAAACAAGUACUUGAAGCUGAACCCAGAUAGAGUCGCCAUGCAGGACGCAUCUGCUCAGAUGGCGCUUCUGCAGUUCAUGACCUGUGGCAUGGCGUCCACCGCCGUCCCUGCGUCCAUCCACUGCGACCACUUGAUCGUGGGCAAGGAGGGAGCCGACGUCGAUCUCAAGUCUGCCAUUGCUACCAACCAGGAAGUUUUCGACUUUUUGCAGAGCUGUGGUGAAAAAUACGGUAUUCAGUUCUGGGGGCCAGGAUCCGGUAUCAUCCACCAGAUCGUGCUGGAGAACUUUUCUGUUCCCGGUCUGAUGAUGCUUGGAACCGACUCGCACACGCCAAAUGCUGGUGGCCUGGGAGCCAUUGCCAUUGGUGUUGGAGGAGCCGACGCCGUGGACGCUCUGACGGGAACUCCAUGGGAGCUGAAGGCCCCAAAGGUGCUGGGUGUCAAGCUGACAGGAAGAAUGAACGGCUGGACCUCGCCAAAGGACGUUAUCACCCACUUGGCCGGCAUACUGACUGUUAGAGGAGGAACAGGUUACAUUGUUGAAUAUUUUGGCGAAGGUGUCGAAAGCUUGAGCUGUACCGGCAUGGCCACCAUUUGCAACAUGGGUGCUGAGAUCGGAGCCACCACGUCGACCUUCCCAAUGCAGGAGGCCCAUGUCAGGUACCUGUAUGCCACGAACAGAGGCCCAAUCGCAGAUCUGGCGAAGUCUGUCAACCAGAACUACCAGUACAUGACGGCCGACCCAGGCUGUGAAUACGACCAAAUAAUCGAGAUCGACCUCAGCACGCUGGAGCCUAGCGUGAACGGGCCGUUCACUCCAGAUCUGUCCACGCCGAUCUCAAAGCUCAAGGAGACCACCAAGGAGAACGAGUGGCCAGAGAACAUCACUGCCGGCCUGAUUGGCUCGUGCACCAACUCGUCGUACCAGGACAUGUCUCGUGCUGCCUCGAUCAUCAGACAGGCGGCGAAGGCCGGCUUGAAGCCUAAGAUCCCGUUUUUUGUGACGCCUGGGUCUGAGCAGAUCCGUGCUACCAUCGAGAGAGACGGGCUAAUUAGCACUUUCGAGGAGAACGGCGCAAUUGUGCUGGCGAACGCGUGCGGUCCAUGUAUUGGCCAAUGGGACAGAGGAGAGACUGCUCCGAAAGACACCAAUGUGAUCUUCACCUCUUUCAACAGAAACUUCCGUGCGAGAAACGACGGCAACAGAAACACCAUGAAUUUCCUCACGUCGCCGGAUAUUGUUACGGCCAUGAUCUAUUCCGGAGACAUGAACUUCAACCCUAUGAAGGACAGCAUCCAGCUCGAGAACGGCGAGACGUUCAAAUUUGCUCCUCCUCACGGAGAAGAGCUCCCGUCCGAGGGAUUUGUCGCUGGAAGAAAAGAGUUCUAUCCUCCAUUGGAGCCUAAGCCUAGACCAGAGGUGGCGGUCAACGUUUCGCCCGAAUCCGACAGACUACAGCUUCUGGAACCGUUCGAGCCGUGGGACGGCAGAGAACUGCAGACUCGAGUGCUGAUCAAGGUGGAAGGCAAGUGCACGACGGAUCACAUCUCUGCCGCUGGUGUGUGGCUCAAGUACAAGGGCCAUCUGGAAAAUAUCUCGUACAACACUCUGAUCGGCGCCCAGAACAAGGAGACGGGCGAGGUGAACGUUGCAUACGACUUCGACGGCAAGCCGUUCGGCAUUCCAGAGCUCAUGAUGAAGUGGAAGGCCGAGAACGUGCCGUGGUGUGUGGUUGCAGAGCACAACUACGGAGAAGGGUCUGCCAGAGAGCACGCUGCACUGUCUCCGCGAUUCCUUGGCGGAAAGAUCAUUUUGGUCAAGUCGUUUGCGAGAAUCCACGAGACCAACCUUAAAAAACAGGGCAUGCUGCCGUUGACGUUUGCCGACGAGAACGACUACGACAGAAUCGGCUCGACCGACCUGCUCACCACCGUCGGCCUGCCUGACCUGGUCUCCAAGGGCGGCAACAACGGCGGCAUUUUGAAGGUCAAGGUGACAAAACGCAACGGCGAGGAGUUUGUGAUCGACUGCAAGCACACCAUGAGUGAGGACCAGGUGGAAUUCUUCAAGGCUGGCUCUGCUAUUAAUUACAUCGGUGAGCAAAAAAAACUGAACUAA